AUCCUCGCCGCCAAUCUAGGUCCAUAGCUACCUAGUAUAGCUCCUAGGUAUUGUGUUAUUUAGAGCAGUGGUCGAUACAGAGGCAUCUAGCUAGCUGCUGCAGGUAUGCACAGUCUAAUCAUGCGAAAACUGCUACAUUUGAUGUCACCGCUCUUCGGUAUUGGUGCAGCAUAUACUGCUCGUCACGGGAUUUGCAGACUCAUGAUCAUCGUCGUAAUGCUAUACACAAAUCAUGUGAAAAUAGAAGACUUUUCCAUAUUUUAUGCUCGCCCGUGCUACCCAUUCUCCGACAUGAUAAAUGAAAGGCGACAAGAAAUGGCACGACGCUGAAGCCGCUCCUGACAUGUAAUAGCAUGUGGGAAAUAGAAUGAC